AAGGUUUUCUUGCUCCCCUAUGUCCUCUUCCACUUAUAAAUAUAAGGACUAAUAAGGUGUCCCUUUUUAGCUCCUAUUCAAUCAAACAUGGAAGUCUGGUUCAUCAUCGUCAUCUCUCUCUGUAUCUCAGCCCUCCUCAAAUCCCUCCUUUUCAACAAAGUCUCUGAAAAUCACAGUAAGCUACCUCCAGGACCCUUACACAUCCCAAUACUCAGCAACUUCCUAUGGCUCCGCAAACCCUUCAUCGAAUCGGAACUCACCUUCCGCAAACUCCAUGCCAAGUACGGACCCAUCAUCACCAUUUACAUAGGCUUCAACCCAGCUAUCUUCGUUGCCAACCGCUCUCUCGCUCACAAAGCUCUUAUUCAAAACAGUGCAGUUUUCGCUGAUCGCCCAGCUCCUCCACCUACAGACGUGAUCGUAUCUAGUAACAAACACAACAUCAACACUGCUUCUUAUGGUCCCACAUGGCGACUCUUUCGUCGCAAUCUAACUUCAGAGAUUCUCCACCCUUCGCGCAUGAAAUCUUACUCUCACGCGCGCAAGUGGGUCUUGGAUAUUCUCCUCAAUCGCCUUCGUUCCAACACUGAAUCCGUCGUUAAAGACCAUUUCCAAUACUCCAUGUUUUGUUUGUUGGUUCUUAUGUGUUUUGGAGACAAACUCGGUGAAACCCAGAUUAGAAAAAUCGAAGAGGUUGAACGUCGCUUGCUUUUGAGCGCUGAUCGGUUUGCUAUACUCAAUUUUUUCCCCAGAAUUGGAAGGAUUUUAUUUCGUAAGCGUUGGGAAGAGUUGUUUCAACUUCGGAGAAACCAAGAUGAUGUGUUAAUUCCUUUGAUUAAAGCAAGGAGGAAAGUGAAGCAAGAAAGACAGAGUAAAAUGAAAGAAGACAAAGAAAAUGACGAUGAGUUUGUUGUGUCGUAUGUGGACACGUUGUUGGAUUUGGAGUUGCCAGAGGAAAAGAGGAAGCUUGAAGAUAAGGAAAUGGUUAAUUUGUGUUCAGAGUUUCUAGACGCGGGUACGGAUACUACGUCCACAGCAUUGGAGUGGAUUAUGGCGAAUAUGGUGAAAUACCCACAAAUCCAAGAGAGGCUUUUAGUGGAGAUUAAAGGGGUUGUUGGUGAUGGAGAAAAGGAUGUGAAAGAAGAGGAUUUGAAUAAGAUUCCUUAUUUGAAAGCAGUGGUUUUGGAGGGUUUAAGGAGACACCCACCUGGGCAUUUUGUGUUGCCACAUGCAGUGACUGAGGAUGUGGUUUUGGAUGGGUAUUUGAUACCAAAGAAUGCUACUUUGAAUUUCAUGGUGGCAGAAAUGGGGUGGGACUCGAGGGUUUGGGAAGAUCCUAUGGAGUUUAAGCCUGAGAGAUUCUUGAGUGGUGAUGAUGGUGGAGGAGAAGCGUUUGAUAUAACUGCAAGCAGAGAGAUUAAGAUGAUGCCAUUUGGUGCGGGGAGGAGGAUCUGUCCUGCUUCUGGUUUGGCAAUACUUCAUUUGGAGUAUUUUGUGGCCAAUUUGGUUUCGAAUUUUGAGUGGAAAGCUGUUGAUGGUGAUGAGGUUGAUCUGUCAGAGAAGCAUGAGUUCACCAUGGUGAUGAAGAAUCCUCUCAAGGCCGACUUAUCUCCAAGGUUUUGAAUGGUUUUUU